AGGGAGAGGAAGGGGAGGAGGAGGCGGCCCGGUUGCUGUCAAAGAUUACAGAGCUCCUCUAUUAUCUUUGGUUGCUGUCGCCGCCGCUCAUCGUCCUCGGUUCCGUUGGACGCGGGGCCGCCGCCAGCACCGACCGGGACACAAGGUUGAUCAUUUGUUGCUCUUCAGUCUGGAGGAAAGGCUACAUUCCACCCGACAGUAACGAUGCCACCCAAAUUUAAACGGCAUUUGGAUGACGAUGAUGUGACAGGUUCUAUCAGAAGUGAAAGGCGGAACUUAUUGGAAGAUGACUCUGACGAAGAAGAGGAUUUUUUUCUGAGGGGCCCUACUGGACCUAAGUUUGGACCAAAGAAUGACAAGAUCAAACAUGUUCAGAAUCAAGUAGAUGAAGUCAUUGAUGUGAUGCAAGAAAACAUCACCCGAGUGAUUGAACGAGGAGAGCGACUUGAUGAACUACAAGACAAGUCUGAAAGUUUAUCUGAUAAUGCCACGGUUUUCAGCAACAGAGCAAAGCAGUUGCGACGUCAGAUGUGGUGGCGAGAGUGUAAGAUGAAGGUCAUCAUAUCAGUGGUUGUCGUAAUUGUCUUGUUAGUUAUUAUAAUACCUGUAAUUUUGAAGAAUCGUUCCUGAUAACGAGACACGCACAGCGACAACGCAGAAAAGUUGCUGCCUCCGUCUCCAAAAUACAACUUGAGAUACAUGUAGAAUAUCUCCGUUGCGGUUCUAUCAACAUUUUACAGAAGAAAUCUGCACUUAUGAGCACUCAUCUCAAUGAGUUCCUUUCUGGAAUAGGGAGCCAAUACAUUACCUAACUGCUGUCUACAAGAAGGGUAGUCUGUUUCCUUAUAAGCAUAUUGCAUCAUUACCAUGAGAGAUUUUGUUUUGUAAACCCUUCACUGAUAAUUUGAUUUUGGUGAAAUCUGGUAUCUAUGUCAUCUAUUUCACCCCGCCCCCCCCCCCCCCCCCAUAUUAUUGAGGGCAAUGGCUCACAUUGGGGAUUGAAGUUCCACAAAUACAUAUUGCUCAAGUUAGCAUUCUUAUUGCACAAGUCCGAUGGAUGAAUGUUGGUAUGCUCUUUGUUUUAUGCAUUGACGGACAUCUCCAGAAAACCCCACUCCUCUGCUCUACUCAGGUGCGUAGAUGUGUGGGUUGUUCCAGCAAGGUCAAUGGGAAGGCACCAGGAGUAAGCAGCCAAGCUAACGUUCCAUGGCUCAUACCAUACCAAGCCUAUUUGCACCCAAUUUCCCAUCCAUGCUGAGAUGGAAUUAUCCACCAACCCAACCUCAUCCUGAGGGUGACUCACAGGCUUUCUGUGUGGUUUUAAAGUGCACCAAGUGGUGCAAUAAUCAACCAGACCACAAGGGAAACUUGUAGAAACAAAGAACUGCAGAUACUGGUUUAUAUCAAAGAUAGACACAAAAAUCUGGAGUAACUCAGCUGGUCAGGCGGCAACUCUGGAGAAACAAGAUAGGUAACGUUUCGGGUCAGGACCUUUCUUCAGUCUGAAGAAGGGUCCCGACCCGAAACGUUACCCAUCAUUUUUCUCCAGAGAUGCUGCCUGACCCGCUGAGCGACUCCAUUACUUUGUGGCUAUCUUUAGGGAAACGUGUAUAAUGAGGUGGAGAAGGAUUGAGUGGAUACUACAAUGAAGCAAGGAUCAGUGUUAUUUGGCAUAAUGUCUUGUUUCUCUGCAGAAUAUUCUCAGUCACGUGAUAUAUUGUUAAGAGAUUAUUUUGAGCUGUUUAUAAUCAAUUAUAUGUGAUGACGUUUUGACGUGUUAUUUUACUUUUAACAUUCUUUGUCCUGUAUGUUGUUGUAAGAUAUUUCUUCAUGCUCCAGAAUUUUGAGUUUACUUAAUUGUAAAAAUUAUUUUAUAAUAAAAUCCAUAAUACCUCACGGAUCAUCCAAAUUGCCA